GAAAUCCUACAGCUGUAGACUUGUUGUAGUUCCCUUGGCCUUGGCCAGUGUACUGUUAAUAACCCGGCUGUAAAAAUGGAAAACAGGCCGACUGUUUUUCCCACUAAAACAAACAACCGCCCAGUUUAGUUAAACUUGAUUAAACUAAGAUGGACCAGGAACAUCCUGAUGGACCAAACACAGAGUGUGAAAAUGAUGGGAAGGAUCAUCUUGGUGAAGAACCAACAGGGCACAGAGCAGUUCCUUUGCAUCAUAAUGUCACAGCUCAGAUUGGAGGCACUGCUAUCCAAAUCAACAUUUCAGACUCCACAAUUGGACAAUCUGUCAAUACAGCCAUCAACCUUUACGACAGCUGUGGUUCAAGGAGUGGAAUAAACUCCACUCAGUCCUGUUCUCAACUAGCUUCUGUGGAGACACCUGGGCAACAGGGGCAACACUUUUCAAUGACGAAUGAGUCCUUCCUCACUGUUCAGAAUAAUGAAGAUCCAGAAAGAGUUCUUUUGAAAACAGUUCAAAAGGAACAUAAAUCUACUCUACAAAAAACAUUUCAAAACAUUUUUGAAGGGAUUGCAAAGCAGGGAAACCCAACCCUCCUGAACAGAAUUUACACUGAGCUAUACAUCACAGAGGGAGAGAGAGAAGGAGUCAAUGAUGAACAUGAGGUGUGGCAGAUCGAGAGUGCUUACAGGACACACAGUUCACUAGACACUCCUAUCAACUGCAACGACAUUUUCAAGUGCCUACCUGGUCAAGAGAGAACCAUCAGAACUGUGCUGACCAAGGGCAUUGCUGGCAUUGGAAAAACAGUUUCUGUGCAGAAGUUCAUCCUUGACUGGGCUGAAGGAAAAGCCAGUCAGGACAUUGAUUUAAUUUUUGUUCUUCCUUUUCGGGAACUCAAUUUAAUUAAAGAUAAAAAGUACAGUCUUCUUGAACUUCUUCAUGAGUUCCAUCCAGAAAUAAAAAAUAUCGAAGACAUCAAAUUUCAUAAAUACAAAGUUGUGCUGAUCUUUGACGGUCUGGAUGAAAGCAGACUUCCGUUGAAUUUUCAUCACACGAGGUUGUCUGAUGUUAAGGAGGCCACAUCAGUCGAUGUGUUGUUGACCAACCUCAUUAAGAGGAUUCUUCUUCCUUCUGCUCUCCUGUGGAUAACAACCAGGCCAGCAGCAGCCAGUCAGAUCCCUCCUGAGUAUGUUGACCAGGUGACAGAGAUUCGGGGGUUUAAUGACCCACAAAAAGAGGAGUAUUUUCAUAAAAGAUUCAGUGAUGAGGAUCUGGCCAACAGAAUUAUAUCUCACAUACAGUCAUCAAGGAGCCUCUACAUCAUGUGUCACAUACCAGUUUUCUGUUGGAUUUCAGCAACUGUUCUUGAGAAAAUGCUAGGUAAUGAUGGUGGUGAAGAAAUACCUACAACUCUGACACAAAUGUAUACACACUUCCUGCUCAUUCAGACCAACAUAAAGAACAAGAAGUAUCAUGGAACCAAUGAGACCGACUCCAGAAACGUGUCACAGUCAGACAGAGAUCUUAUACUUAAGUUGGCAGAGUUAGCUUUCCACCAGCUGGAAAAGGGAAAUAUCAUAUUUUAUGAAACGGACUUGAAAGACUGUGACAUUGAUGUCAGUGAAGCAUCAGUGUAUUCUGGGGUGUGCACCCAAAUCUUCAAGGAGGAAUCAGUGAUGUAUAAGAAGAAGGUGUACUGCUUUGUGCAUUUGAGCGUUCAGGAGUUUCUUGCUGCUCUAUAUGUUUCUCAAACCCACGGCAGCAAAAAAAUGGAUUGUCUCACACUAUUUGUUAAGGAAAACUCUGGAGAUUGUCCUACUGAAAUGUCUUUACAUGAGUUGCACAAAUUCGCAGUGGACAAGGCCUUGGAAAGUAAGAAUGGACAUCUGGACCUCUUCCUUCGCUUCCUUCUUGGCCUCUCACUGGACUCCAACAAGAGUUUCCUUCAAGGGUUAUUGACACAGACUGAGAGCAGCUCAGAGAGCAUCAAGAAAACAGUAACAUAUAUUAAAGUACUGUCACAGCUAACUAGGAGUCAUUCACCUGAGAGGUAUAUAAAUCUUUUACUCUGUUUGGUUGAACUGAAUGACUUUUCCCUUCUAAAGAAUGUUCAGAAAGACUGGGACAGUUCUUCAGGGAAGAAGCUCAGUCCUGCAGAGUGUUCCUGGCUGGCCUAUGUACUCCUCACGUCAAAGGAGAUAUUUGAUGUGUUUGAUGUAGACAAUUACACCAAGGCACCACAGGGUCGUAUCAGACUGCUCCCAGUUGUGAAAUGCUGCAGAAAGGCUGUAUUAACUCACUGUGAACUGACAGCAGAGUCCUGUGGAUCUGUGGUCUCAGCUCUCCAGUCAGUGAACUCACAGCUGACAGAACUGGAUCUCAGCUACAAUCACCUGAGGGAUUCAGGAGUGGAAGAGCUCUGUACUGGACUGAUGAGUCCUCACUGUAAACUACACACUCUGAGACUCGUUGCCUGUAGAUUCACAGCAGAGUCCUGUAGAUCUGUGGUCUCAGCUCUCCAGUCAGUGAACUCACAGCUGACAGAACUGGAUCUCAGCUACAAUCACCUGAGGGAUUCAGGAGUGAAAGAGCUCUGUACUGGACUGAUGAGUCCUCACUGUAAACUACACACUCUGAGACUCAGUGGCUGUGAACUGACAGCAGAGUCCUGUGGAUAUAUGGUCUCCGCUCUCCAGUCAGUGAACUCACAGCUGACAGAACUGGAUCUCAACUACAAUCACUUGGGGGAUUCAGGAGUGAAGGAGCUCUGUACUGCCCUGAUCAGUCCUCACUGUAAAGUACACACUCUGAGACUCAGUGACUGUAAACUGACAGCAGAGUCCUGUGGAUUUGUGGCUUCCACUCUUCAGUCGGUGAACUCACAGUUGACAGAACUGGAUCUCAGCGACAAUCACCUGACAGAUUCAGUAGUGAAGGAGCUCUGUACUGGACUGAUGAGUCUUCACUGUAAACUACACACUCUGAGGCUCACAAAUGUUGAAAUAAAAGUCAAUUCGAGUGGGUCUGUGGUCUCAGCUCUCCAGUCAGUGAACUCACAGCUGACAGAACUGGAUGUCAGCUACAGUCAACUGAAGGAUUUAGGAGUGAAGGAGCUCUGUACUGGACUGAUGACUCCUCACUGUAAACUACACACUCUGAGACUCAUUGCCUGUAGACUCACAGAAGAAUCCUGUGGGUCUGUGGUCUCAGCUCUCCAGUCGGUGAACUCACGGUUGACAGAACUGAAUCUCAGCUACAGUUACCUGACGGAUUCAGUAGUGAAGGAGCUCUGUACUGGACUUAUCAGUCCUCACUGUGAACUACACACUCUGAGACUCAUUGCCUGUAGAUUCACAGCAGAGUCCUGUGGAUGUGUGGCUUCAGCUCUCCAGUCAGUGAACUCACAGCUGACAGAACUGGAUCUCAGCUACAAUCACCUGGGGGAUUCAGGAGUGAAGGAGCUCUGUACUGGACUGAUGAGUCCUCACUGUAAACUACACACUCUGAGGGUAAAACAGUGUAAUCUGACAGAGGGAUGCUGUGAGGACUUGGCCUCAGUGCUCAAGUGUCCCCAGUCAGGGUUGAAGGACAUGGAACUGAGUGACAAUGACCUGCUGGAUCAAGGUGUGAUGUUGCUCUCUGCUGGAUUGAAGGAGCCCGGCUGUAAAUUACAGAGACUGGGGCUAUCAGGGUGUGGAGUCACAGAGAGAGGCUCUUCUUCUCUGGCUUCGGCUCUGGGUUCGAACCCCCGCUCACAGCUGAGAGAGCUGGAUCUGAGCUAUAAUCACCCAGGGGACUCAGGAGUGAAGCUGCUCUCUGCUCUACCGGAGAAAGUGAAUGUGGACCAUGCUGGACAAUGCAGGAUCAGACCAGGGCUCCUCAAGUACUCCUGCCAGCUAACAUUGGACCCCACGACAGCACACAAAGACCUGCUUCUGUCUCACGACAACAGGACAGUGACAUGGAAGAGAGAGAUGCAGCCAUAUCCUGAUUCUUCAAACAGAUUUAGCGGUUGGGAACAAGUUCUGUGUGUAGAGAGUGUGUCUAAUCGCUCUUACUGGGAGGUUCAGUGGACUGGAAAUGGGGCUGAAAUAGGAGUGACUUAUAAAGGAAUCGGGAGGCAUGGAUACAGCGCUGACUGUUUGCUUGGAAACAAUGACAAGUCCUGGGUUCUGUACUAUACUGAGCAGAGUUACUCUGUGAGGCACAAUAAGAAACGCAUUGACAUACCUGGACCCCCCUCCCGCAGAGUAGGAGUGUAUGUGGACUGUGUAUCCGGCACUCUGUCCUUCUACAGUGUUUCCUCUGUUGAACCGACCCUCCUGUACAGCUUCACCUCCACAUUCACUGAGCCCCUCACUGCUGCAUUUAGGGUUUGGGAUUCAAACACCUCAGUGUCCCUGUGUGACCUGAAAUAGAUACCUGUGUCUAUAAGGAACAAUUUUGGGUUCUUUAUAGAAAAAUAAGGGACACUCGGAAUUUCUUUGUAGCUAAUGUAUAUGUGUGAAAAAAGAAGUCUCUGCUUGACUGAAUUAAAUGCUAAAAUGAAUCUGAGACAUUUAAUUUGCUUUCAGCUCACUGACAUACAGGUCAUUUGUAAAAAAAAAUAAUUUUUUUGAAUGUCAUGCUAAAGUGGGCGGAGCGCAGCGGCUUGGCUGGGUCCUGCUCUCUGGUGGGUCUAGGGUUAAAGUCCGCUUAGGGUGACUGGUGUC